GGCUGCCGUAGCGACAGGAGGGAGGCGAGUGACUGGUCCUUUGACGUGGAAUAUUUCCGUAAAGAGACGAUGGAGGAGUAGCAGCGUGUACCUGAAAGCUAUCCCGUAUUAACCUUACCACCGAGACGGGGUUUAGCCGUGAAUCCCGGACGGAUCUGGGUCCACGGGAGUCGACGGACAGCAGUCUUUCGCAGACUGAUCCCCGUUUUGUUCCCCCGCCUCCCUCCGUUCAGCUACAAUCAUGAUUAAAGCCAUUUUAAUAUUCAACAACCAUGGGAAACCGAGGCUGUCUAAAUUCUACGAGCAUUAUAAUGAAGACACGGAGCAACAGAUCAUCAGGGAAACCUUCCACUUGGUCUCAAAAAGAGACGAAAACGUCUGUAAUUUCCUCGAAGGUGGAAUGUUGAUUGGAGGAUCAGACUACAAGCUGAUCUACAGACACUACGCCACACUGUACUUUGUGUUUUGUGUGGACUCCUCAGAAAGUGAACUAGGAAUUUUAGACUUAAUCCAGGUAUUUGUGGAAACCCUGGACAAAUGCUUUGAGAAUGUCUGUGAGCUCGACUUAAUUUUCCAUGUAGACAAGGUCCACAACAUUCUGGCGGAGAUGGUGAUGGGCGGCAUGGUCCUAGAGACCAACAUGAACGAAAUCAUCACGCAGGUGGAUGCCCAGAACAAGAUGGAGAAGUCUGAGGCCGGUAUUGCAGGAGCACCUGCUCGUGCCGUAUCAGCUGUAAAGAACAUGAACCUCCCGGAAAUGCCCAGAAACAUCAACAUUGGUGACAUCAGCAUAAAAGUGCCAAAUUUACCCUCCUUCAAAUAGUGGCAGCGAGAUCCUGAGCCUGCAGAUGUCAGCCAAUGUUUACCGUGAUGCAAUCUGUUUACCAAAACCUCAAAUUACUAACUUUUAUCAAAACUAUACAUCUUGAAGGUACUGUGUGAUUUGACACUCCUUGUUCUGGCUGUUAUGUCUUUGUUUUUCCUAUUAAAAAAAGAGUGUUUUAUGUGUUUUUUUUUUUUUUUUUUAAUCUGUUGGAAGGAAAAAUUUAAGUAUUUAUUUAUCAGUGGUACAUUCCUUCUGCCUCGCUGGGGGUUGGCCCUUGACGUUUAGCUGCUACAGUACUGAUCUGUGUCAGUUUGUAACUGAAAUUAUUUCACUGACAAGUGUUUACUUUAAAGAGAAAGUGUGGUGGGUGGUGACAUUUCGGGAAAGACUUCAACUAGUGGAGGAAAGAGCAUGAAACCAUUUCAAAUACCAAAUUGGAACAGGUCUGCUACAGUAUUGGAAGUCAUACAUUACAGCUCGCUGGUAAAAUCAGUCAACAAUAUUAUUAUAUUGCAGAUAUGCUGUGUGAUAGAAAUAUGAAUAUAUGCUGAAAUGAUUUUUUUUCUUUUCUUAUUUGUAUGCAAAAUAUUUUUAAAUGAUUUAUCAUGUCUUAUCAAAUAUUUCUCUUAAUUUUAAUCUGUGCAUGAACUUUUUUCUCUUCUUUUUCAACAUAAUAAACUGUCGAAAUUCAA